GUCAUGGCAAACGUUGCUGCGAUAGAAAUGCAAGGGACUCUAGUUUUGAAACAAAUCAUGCAGAUUGUGAGUCAUUACUCUGUUCUUCCGCAGGUUUAUAUAGGGUCCUUUUGAGUCCCCAGAAAAUCUAGUUCCAGGCAUAGGAAAUUGUCAUUGUUCGUUGGUUAACUCUCUUGAAACCUUUCACUUGUCUAACUUUCUUGGGAUUUUCACAUGUCACAUUUGGAAGAAACUAGUUGCAAAAGGAGGAAGAGAGGUGGUGAGCGGGUGUAUAGGUUCAAAACAUUUGGUGAAUGUGGUUACCCAGCUGAGUUUGAUGGGUCAUUUAAGGACAAUGUUAAGGCACUCCUUGAAUUUGGGCAUUCUGAGAGAAAUCUAUGCAGUGGAAUGCAGAGCUGGUCGUUUCAACUCGAAGUCCAUCGCCACCCUCCUUUCCAUGUUCUGCUAUUGGUCGUCGAAGAACCAACAGAAGCAUCGCUCAACCACCACUGCAAACACUGCCAAUACAUCGGCUGGGGUGACAAUCUGAUUUGCAACAAGAAGUAUCACUUUGUGUUGCCUUCUAAGGACACAGUGACUGCUUGUUUCAACUGCGAGAGAGGGUGUGAUGGAGUUACAAGUACACUAAUGAAGGGUAAAUCCAACAUAGUGGAAUUGCAGGGUCAUAUCAUGCAUGGUGUUUUUCAUUCUAAUGGUUUUGGCCAUUUGUUGUGUGUCAAUGGUGUUGAAAUGGGCUCUGAACUGGCUGGACAUCAGGUCAUGAAGUUCUGGGAUCGCUUGUGCACUGGAUUGCGAGCACGGGAGGUGAGCUUGAAAGACAUGUCAAACAAGAGAAGCAUAGAAUUGAGGCUCCUCCAUGGUGUUGCAUAUGGUCGGUCAUGGUUUGGUCGCUGGGGAUACAAAUUUGGUCGCGGAUGCUACGGAGUGACUCAACCGAUGUACCAAAAAGCCAUAGAAACUAUACAAACCAUGCCCUUGUCUUUGCUUGCACAUAAUUAUCUUACCAAUUAUUCCGACAAUGGCAUUGGCAUACCAACCAUAUUCUCAAGGUACCAAGCAUCCUCAGAACAUUCUGUGGCAACACUUGGUGACUUAUUCCAGUUCAUGUUAGAUCUCAAAUCCCGCCUUCCCAAGGAAAACAGUGUUGAUUCCUUCAAUGCAGGAAUCUUCGCAGAAACUAAUUGUAGGUGGUCUCUAAAGAGAGUUGAAAUGGCAACUAGAGUGAUCGUUGAAGCAUUAAAAAGAGCUGAAUUCAAAUGGAUUCCAAGGCAGGAGGUUCGCGAUGCUGCUCGUGCUUAUAUUGGAGACACAGGUUUACUAGAUUUUGUGCUAAAAUCACUCGGAAAUCACAUAGUUGGGAAUCACUUGGUUCGCCGCAGCUUGAAUCCAGUGACCAAGGUUUUAGAAUAUUGUUUGGAAGACAUAUCCACUGUAUGUCCUAGCCAAGAUGUUUUGCUAGUGAACAACAACUCAAACUUGAAGGGUAUGCAUCAAAUCACAAAGUCUCAGCUGAUGAAGGAUCUCCUUUACUUGUACAGGUCCAUUCUCAAGGACCAAAAGCCAGGACAGAGCAGAGGGAUUAUCAGUGCAAUACAAGUCGCUGCAACGAUAGUUCUGGACUCAAAGUACCUUGUCAAAGAAUAUUGUGGAGAUAUGCCUUUGAGAAUUGAAUUAGGCCUUGAAGGGAAACUAAAGCUAUACUGCACUGUGAUGCUCAGAAGUAAUGAAGAUGGAACUCACAAGGCAAUGCCACCAUUUGAAUGCAUCACAUUGAAAAACAAUGCGACAUUCGAUGAGCUGAGGCUGGAAGUUGAGAACAACUUCAGGGAGUUGUACUGGGGAUUGAGAAGCUUUGUGGUCGAAUCCAUAAUGAACCUGAAUGCCAGGGGAAGGGAUUUAGUUUUUGGAGUCGUGGAAGUUGGUCGAAAAAUCAUCUUCCAGGGCAGCAACAGAGAUAGAGAGAUUAUGAUCAAUGAAGCAAUUUACGAAGGUGGGUUAAGUAAUAGUAUUGUGGAUUGUCUUUGUGGAGCUAAAGAGGAUGAUGGCGAGCGAAUGAUCUCGUGUGAUAUCUGCGAGGUUUGGCAGCACACACGAUGUGCUAAUAUCCCGAAUGAUGAGCACAUUCCUCAUAUGUUUCUCUGCAACAGAUGUGAGCACAAGAUCAUACUCUCACCUGCUCUACCAUGACAAUGCAUAUAUAGACUACAGAAUUCCUUUUACAGUACAUUCAGCAUGUUGAUGUCGUAUCACAUAUACUGUUAAGAUUAAUGUCAAGGAACAGACACUUGCUCUAGUAAUGUUCAUGUUGACGUUAUUUAUUUACAGAUCAAAAGCCAUAAUUCUUGAUCAAGGACACUUACAACUCAUAGAUAACAAGGUUGAUGAGUAAACAUCAGAGAAGAGAUUGAUCAACAGACAGCCACAUAA